CGGGGCAGGAGAGGCUGUGCCAAGGGCGCACGAGGCACACAGGGCACACCGGGCCGCCCGCCCGGUCCCGCCGCUCCCGUCCGGGCACGGCCGCACCGACCCCGACCGGCCCCGCCGCUCCCGUCCGGGCACGGCCGCACCGACCCCGACGGCCCCGCCGCUCCCGCCAUCGCCACAAGUUUGUCCCGCCGCGGCCGCCGUCCCCCAGCUCUGCAGGCCCAAGAUGGCGGCGCCCGGCGGGGCGGGCGCGGCCGCGCUGCCGAUGCCGGUGCCGAUCGCGGCCCCCGUGCGGGUCCCGGAGCCGCCGCCCUUUCCCGCCUGGCUCGCGGCGCGGCUGGACGCGCUGGGGCUGGACCGCGCCGUGUACGGCGCCUACAUCGAGGGGCUGCUGCGGGAGGAGGAGAGCGACGAGGAGCGGCUGGAGGCGCUGCGGGCCGUCCUGGCCGCCUGCCUGGAAGAAGAUCUCUUGACUGAUGUGUGCAGGGAGGUUGUGGAAAGGUGGUCUGACUCCCAGGUCGUUGAUGCCAAAGAGGAGAAAGAAGAUGAGGUGCAGGCCAUCACCAGCAUGAUGGAGAAGCAGGCCAGGAUAGUGGUGAAGCCCAGGGAGGUGUCCCAGGAGGAGAAGCAGAGGAAGGCUGCACUGCUGGCCCAGUAUGCCAAUGUGACCGACGAGGAGGAUGGUGGGGAUGAACAGGAUGGAUUGACGACAGCAGUAAAUAUUGGAUCAGAAAAAUCGCUGUUCCGAAACACCAACGUGGAGGAUGUCCUGAAUGCCAGGAAACUGGAGAGGGAGCUGCUGCGGGAUGAGUUCCAGAGGAAGAAAGAGCAGGACAAGCUGCAGAGGGAGAAGGACAAGCUGGCCAAGCAGGAGCGGAAGGAGAAGGAGAAGAAACGAACACAGAAAGGCGAGCGGAAGCGGUAGCUGGUGAUUUCCAGUUGGACUCUCAAAGGAUAAAAUUAAUUCUGAAUACGGUGUGUGUUUAAAAAGCAGCAAGAAUUCCAGGCACGUGGCUGGGAGCAGCUCUUGGGAAGUGUUGCCUUUUUUUUUUUGUUCUUUUUUUGGUUUUGUUUUGUUACAUAGCAGAGCAGAAUCUCUGAGCAGCUCCUGGACUCAGUGUGCCCUGUGCUUGUGGUGUCAGUGUCCCAGUCGGUGCUCGUGGCCAGUGUCUGUACCAAAGAAGGGUGAAGUGAUUAUGUCCAUGUUGUUAAAUUGAUCCAUUGUUACUUCUGACCACCUGGCAGCAGAGCAUGGCAUAGGAGCAGCCCCUGCACUGGCCGUGGUUUGGAUUGAGCCCAUCCUGCCUGGAGCUGCCCUGGGGCACACACGGAUUCAUUUACACAAGCCUGGAAAAAUCUCUUUGCAAAUCCCUGUGUUUGCUGCUGAGGCCAAGGCUGCCCUGCUCGGGCUGGGCUGGGGGAGCAGGAUUGGAGGUGAGCCCAGCACAGGGCUGCAGCAGAGGAGUGAGAUGUGUCUGAAUCACUGAGUGAGGGAAGCACGGCCCGGGCAGGAGCACUGGCCUCAGCAGCAGCAAACCUCUCCCCUGACGCAGUUUUAAGACUCCAGAUAGUUGGGAAAUGGCGCUCCCCGACCUUCUGAGGGGUGAACAUGGACUGGUACUGCCACAGCUGUUGGCAGGGUGAAGCUCUGAAGCUGCUUUGUCACAAGCAGGGUGAGCUGGGGAUGCACUGGGGUCACUGCCCGCUGGGCACGGCUGCCAUCAGGAACUGCAGGGCUCUGCCUGAAAGCUCCUCCUCCCCCCAGAGGGCUCAUCCCUGCUGCUCCAGCCUUUUUUGUGAUGGUGUUGCCCACUGGGGAAGGAGAACACUAAUCCUGUGAGCUGAGGGGGAAGGAGGGGCUGUGAGAGAGCAGGUGUGCCUGGGCUCUGUGCUGCAGCAUGCUCAGGGUGCCUGUUUGCUGUGAGGUGCCCUGUGCUGAGCUCCUGCACUCCCAGGUGCCUGGCCCAGCUCUGCUUUCAGCCCUCUCAGACUCUGGGGCCAGGCCUCCCCCUCAAACAGCUGCUGUGUGUGUGAGUGUCCAACUGCUUUGUCUUUGGACUUGAAUAAUAAAUCUUGAUUGGCAAGGAA